UAUUGAUACCGGCCUCCUAUCGCAUCUUCUUCUUCUUCUUCUUAUUCUUAAACCCUAAUCAGCUAACUUAAAACCCUAACGGCUCAUUCUUCACAAACCUAGCAACUAUAACCUUGCGACAACGACGAUGGUGGAGCUCGAUAACCAGAAGGAAGCACCUAUCCCAUCCGAUUACAAUGAAGAUUCCGAUGACUCUGACUCCACUCAACAUUCCGACGAAUCUGAUUUCGAGGACUCUUCUGCAGAUAAAGACGGCGACUCUUCUUCCGGUUCAUCUGAUUCCGAUUCCGAUUCCAAAUCUGAAUUAGAAGAUGGUUCCCCUGCUCAGGAUAACUCCGGCGAUUCAGAAGACGCAGAAUCUCAAGACGAGGACGAUGUCAAAUCAGAAGGUGGAAGUGAGGGCUCUGAUAUUCAUCAGGAAGGAGUAGGAGGAGAUGAGAGUGAUUCAUCUGAGGAUGAGGUGGCUCCGCGAAAUACUAUAGGAGAGGUCCCUUUGAAGUGGUAUGAGGAUGAACCCCAUAUCGGAUAUGACAUCAAGGGAAAGAAGAUUAAGAAGAAAGAAAAGGAAGACAAAUUGGGUUCUUUUCUUGCUAAUGUUGAUGAUUCUAAGAAUUGGCGGAAGAUCUAUGAUGAGUACAAUGACGAGGUAGUGGAGCUUACAAAAGAUGAAAUAAAAAUUGUGCGCAAACUAAUGAAGAAUCAGGCACCACAUACUGACUUUGAUCCAUAUCCGACAUAUGUUGAUUGGUUCAAAUGGGAUGGUGCCAAGCAUCCAUUGUCUAACGCACCUGAACCCAAACGAAGGUUCAUUCCUUCAAAGUGGGAAGCUAAAAAGGUUGUGCAAUAUGUUAGAGCCAUUCGCAAUGGAUCAAUAACUUUUGACAAGCCAAAGGAGGAGGAUGAUGCAUAUCUCUUGUGGGAAGAUGAUUCUGGUUUGACAGAAAAGGCAAAUCAUUUGGCUUACGUUCCUGCACCAAAGCAGAAACUUCCUGGUAUUAAAUGGGACUUGAAUUUUGGAGUUCAAUAUAAUAUUAGUUUUUCUUUUGAGGUGCUUUUGGUGUUAAUAAUUUCAUUUUGCUUAUCAGGCCAUGAUGAGUCAUAUAAUCCUCCUUUAGAGUACAUUCCAACCCAAGAAGAGAUUAAUUCGUAUCAAUUGAUGUAUGAAGAAGACCGCCCUAAAUUUAUCCCAAAAAGGUUUACAUCUAUGAGAAGCAUCCCUGCUUAUGAGAAUGCUAUGAAGGAGUCUUUCGAACGCUGUUUGGAUUUGUACUUGUGCCCUCGAGUUCGAAGAAAACGUCUUAAUAUUGAUCCUGAAUCUUUAAAGCCAAAGCUUCCAAAUAAAAAGGAGCUUAAGCCUUACCCCAUAACAUGCUAUAUCGAAUAUAAAGGCCACGAAGGUGCAGUUACAUCAAUUUCAGUUGAAGCUUCAGGACAGUGGAUGGCUUCAGGUUCAAGUGAUGGAACUGUCCGUGUCUGGGAGGUUGAAACAGGCAGAUGUCUGAGACGGUGGGAGAUUGGUGAAGCUGUAAACUGUGUUACUUGGAAUCCUCUGCCUGAUAUUCAUAUUCUGGCCGUGUCUGUGGGACAAGAUGUACUUCUUUUAAACACUGGCUUGGGUGAUGAAGAAGAACAGCAAAGGAUUAAGGAACUUCUCUUGGUUGACUCACCAAAAGCAUCAGAGGAGACUGGCAAGAAAGCACCCAGUGUAAGCUGGCUCAAAGACGAUAAACAUGACGGUAUAAGGUUAAGGCAUUUAAAGACUGUUACUAGCGUGGAAUGGCACAGGAAAGGAGACUACUUUUCAACAGUGAUGCCAGCAGGCGAAUCAAGAUCAGUUCUGAUACACCAGUUAUCCAAGAAACUUUCACAAAAGCUUCCAUUCAAGUUACACGGACUUGCUGUUAGAUCAACAUUCCAUCCAUCCCGUUCCAUCUUCUUUAUUUGUACAAAAAAGACUGUUCGUGUGUAUGAUUUAUUGAAGAGAAAACUCAUAAAAACGCUUUAUACCGGUCUCAAAGAAGCCUCAUCAAUUGCAGUCCAUCCUGGAGGUGAUAAUUUAAUUGUGGGGAGCAAAGAAGGGAAGCUUUGUUGGUUUGACAUGGACCUUUCGGCUAAACCAUAUAAAACUCUUAAGUGUCAUCCAAAAGAUAUCAACAACGUAGUCUUUCAUCGUUCAUAUCCCUUGUUUGCUUCGUGUUCAGAUGACAGCACUGCAUAUGUUUUUCACGGAAUGGUUUAUUCUGAUCUCAAUCAAAAUCCUCUUAUUGUUCCUUUGGAAAUUCUACGGGGCCAUGCAAAUUCAAAUGGUAGAGGAAUAUUGGACUGUAAAUUUCACCCCAGACAACCCUGGUUAUUUACGGCUGGUGCUGAUCAGUUGAUUAAACUUUACUGUCACUACUAGAAAAUGUUCUGAUAAAUUCAUGCAUGAUUGACGGAUGAUAUCUAAGAAGCUUGCAACUCUUAUCUCCAAUUUUGUUCACCAAUUGUUAAACAGAAAGCUGAAACCACUGCUAUCCCAGGUUAAGGGGUUAGCAAGUUUCCCGGCUCUAUAAUUUUGUUGUUUAUGGGAAAUUGCUAGAGUUUGUUUUCUACACAUCAUAUUUAUUUCUUAGAAUUUGUUUGUGCUCAGCAAAAAUUCAUUAAGAUUGAAAUAGAACCGUAAUUUAGAUCUAAUAUAUAUACAUCUAUUAGAAAUCAAUUAUUUUAAGAAAUCCAAUUGAUGUUUUCGUUUU